AUGGAGGCCCUCCUGCACCAAUCCAAGGGCGUCUGUCCGUUCUUGAAGAAAACCUCCCCCGCAACCCUGCGCACUUUGUCCACCUCGACCCGCCAAUCCCCCGGUGGCGGCACCAUCACGAACCUACAGUUCAUUGCCCGACGAUGCCCUGUCAUGAACAAGGCUCUGGCCGUCCAGAGCGCCCGCAUCAACACUCGUCGCAGCUAUGGCAAUGUCGCCGCCGGCGCCGGUGUGGUCAAGUCUCUGCUGGAGAAGAAACUGCACACCUCAGCUGAAAAGAAGGCUAGCGUGGACACCAAUGUCUUCCGGCCUCCUCAGACAGCUCCGCCUCCCCAGACUGUCAAGAAGGUGGCCAAGAAACCGGAGACCUAUGCUGGCCCCAGACCCAGUGCGCCGCCCGCCCCACGUUUCGACUAUGAAGGUUUCUACAACAAUGAGCUCGACAAGAAGCACAAGGACAAAUCGUACCGCUACUUCAACAACAUCAACCGCCUUGCCAAGGAGUUCCCUCGUGCUCACAUGGCUGCCAAAGACGAGCGUGUCACGGUCUGGUGUUCCAACGACUACCUCGGCAUGGGUCGCAACAAACAUGUCCUGAAGACUAUGCACGAAACGCUCGACAUGUACGGAGCUGGCGCCGGAGGGACUAGAAACAUCUCGGGCCACAACAAACAUGCCGUGGAACUCGAAAAGACUCUCGCUGAUCUCCACGGCAAGGAAGGCGCUCUGGUUUUCUCCUCUUGUUACGUCGCCAAUGAUGCCACCUUGGCAACCCUGGGCAGCAAAUUGCCCGACUGUGUGAUUCUGAGUGACAGCAUGAACCACGCCUCCAUGAUCCAAGGUAUUCGUCACUCUGGUGCGAAGAAAAUGGUCUUCAAGCAUAACGACCUGGUUGAUUUGGAGACAAAACUCGCGAGCCUCCCGCCGGAGCAACCAAAAAUCAUCGCUUUUGAAUCUGUUUAUAGUAUGUGUGGUUCCAUUGCCCCCAUUGAAGCCAUCUGCGAUCUCGCGGAUAAGUACGGUGCCAUCACAUUCCUGGAUGAAGUCCAUGCUGUUGGAAUGUAUGGGCCAAGAGGUGCCGGUGUCGCUGAACACCUCGAUUAUGAUGUCUACGCCGACCCAAAUAGAACCAAGGAAUCCCAGAAAGGUACCGUGAUGGAUCGAAUCGACAUCAUCACGGGAACUUUAGGGAAAGCAUAUGGCUGUGUUGGUGGAUACAUUGCCGGCUCUGCCUCUUUGGUCGACACCAUCCGUUCCCUUGCACCAGGCUUCAUCUUCACCACCUCUCUCCCACCCGCGACCAUGGCCGGGGCCCGUGCAGCGAUUGAAUAUCAAGCUGUCUACCAAGGAGAUCGUCGCCUGCAGCAACUUCACACGCGUGCCCUCAAAGAGGAUCUCACCGCGCGAGGCAUCCCCGUGAUCCCAAAUCCAUCUCACAUUGUGCCGCUCUUGGUCGGUGACGCUGAAACCGCAAAGAAAGCCUCUGAUAUGCUGCUUACCGACUACGACAUCUAUGUCCAAUCCAUCAACUACCCUACCGUUCCGCGUGGUGAGGAGAGACUCCGCAUCACGCCCACGCCAGGACAUACUUCCGAGCUACGUGCCGAGCUCGUCGACGCGCUGGAGAAUGUCUGGAACCGCUUGAACAUCAAGCGCGUCAAAGACUGGGAGGCGCAAGGCGGGUUUGUGGGCGUGGGCGUCAAGGAUGCAGAGCCGGUGCAGUCCUUGUGGACCGAUGCGCAGCUUGAGAAUGCCGCGCAAUCUCUUGUCGCCGAGCCCCUGAUUGAGGAGGCCGCCGAGCAAAGAGUUCUGCCUAUUGCGGCUGCUGCGGCUUGA